UCACUGUCUAUUUCUUUAGGCUAUGGCCAACCUCGACACCUUGAUGCUCACCUCUCCUGGCCCAUCCCCUGGCCCCGGUCCUGGCAGUGACGACAUGGAGGUAGACUGCUGGUUUGACGAGGAAUUCAAGUUCAUCCUGCUUCCUGUGAGCUAUGCUGUGGUCUUUGUGCUGGGCCUGGCCCUCAACAUCCCUACCCUGUUUCUGUUUCUGUUCCGCCUUCACCCCUGGGACGCCACGGCCACCUACAUGUUCCAUCUGGCACUGUCUGACACACUCUACGUGCUCUCCUUGCCCACCCUCAUCUAUUACUAUGCGGCCCGCAACGACUGGCCCUUUGGGACUGGCCUCUGCAAGUUUAUCCGUUUCCUCUUUUACUGGAACUUGUACAGCAGCGUCUUAUUUCUUACAUGUAUCAGUGUGCAUCGCUACCUGGGCAUCUGCCACCCACUGCGGGCACUCCGCUGGGGCCGCCCGCACAUCGCCAGCCUCAUCUGCUUAGCCGUCUGGCUGACCGUGGCUGUCUGCCUAGUGCCCAACCUCUUCUUUGUCACCACCAGUACGCGAGGUGCCACCACCCUGUGUCACGAUACCACAAAACCUGAGUAUUUUGACCACUACGUCCAUUUCAGCUCUGCAGUCAUGGCUCUGCUCUUUGGCCUCCCCUUUCUGGUUAUCCUGGUGUGCUACGGUCUCAUGGCCCGGCGUCUGUGGCGGCCCCCGCCAGGUGCUGCCCACUCCUCCACCCGCCUCCGCUCCCUGCGCACCAUUGCUGUGGUUCUGACAGUCUUUGCUGUCAGCUUUGUGCCCUUCCAUAUCACCCGCACCAUCUACUACUUGGCCCGCCUCUUGGAGGCAGACUGUCAAACACUGGGCAUUGUCAAUAUUACCUACAAGGUGACCCGCCCACUGGCCAGUGCCAACAGCUGCCUGGAUCCCGUGCUCUACCUUCUCACGGGGGAUAAGUACCGGCGGCAGCUACAGCAUCUCUGUUGCAAAAAGCCAAAUCAAGUCCCUGCAGUCUCCUCCUUGGCACUUGUGUCCCGCUCAGAGGAUGGCAGCUGCAGGUAGGGGACAACCCUGGUGCAUUCCGUGGUGAAGGCAGAAAGAUUGGCAUA